AUGAUCAAGCUAUUUCUUCGAUACAAUAUACUGCAAUUUAUUUGGACUAUUCUUCUUAGCAUUCACGCAUGUAGGGCAGACCUAAGAAGUAGUUAUUCACAACUGCAUUAUGGACAAAAACUGGAAAGAAGGAUGAUAACGUCGUAUGAUGGAUACAGUAUUCUGGAUUGUGUAGAAGAUUGUCUGAGAACAACACGAUGUCGGUCCAUUAACUACUACCAAGGAGCCCACUUCUGUCAGACCAACUUUGAGAAGAGGACAACUGUACCUGGACUCUACAUAGUGAAGCCUGGCUGGAUAUACAGCGAUAUAGAAGACUGGGACAAGGAAAUUGCAGGAGCCUGUUCGCGGUCAAAUUGUCGCAUUAAUGAAAAGUGCAUUCCACAACCCUUUGACCAGUUUACCUGCGUCAUUUCAGAUUGCGGUGAACCUAGGGGUGAAGGAUUUUCAAUGGAACAUGUACGUGAAUGGGACGCUAUUGGAAUAACAAGAGGAAUGCAUAUCACUUGCGCCGCUAAAUAUAAUCAGUUAGGCUCUGAGCUAUUUGUCUGUCGAUCUAACGGAACGUGGAGGACGGAUUUGAGCUGUCAUAAAAAUUAUGAAAAUCUAAGUAGAAGAAACAAAACAGUACUCACCCAAAGUUCGACCUACCGCUUCAACAUAGCAUCAAUUGCUAAUGAUGGCGAUGUUCAGACUACCGAACCCAAAUGCGCUAUCACUGCGCUAAAUCACACUAAAGCAUGGCUGCAGGUCGACUUCGGACAACCCUACAUAAUACACAAUGUCAAAAUAUAUCACAGGAGAGAAGGGGAUGGACCUUCAGCGUGGAAGCAGUAUCAAUUCAGACAGUUCUACCUAGAUGCCUCAAACUUUUCAGCAACACAGACGACAACGUCACAGAGGACUCGUUGUUACACCGAUAACACGACUGCCCCAGACUUACCCACAAACAUUAUAGACAUACCUUGUAAACAGACGGCUAGAUACGUCAUUGUGGAGACCACUUAUGACGCACCUGAAGAUGAUUACCUUGAUGAACACGGGGCGAUCCUUGAAAUAUGUGAAAUAAAAGUAUACGGAUGCGAAGUUGAUACAUAUGGGGUUGACUGCAUGCCAUGCAUCGGGUGUCAAUAUUGUGAUAAAUCCAGCGGUGUGUGUGAUGCAUGUGAAGAAAUGCUAAUGCUUUCACGUUAGAAUAUAAAUCAAACGUUUUCGUUUAGUAAUGACUUUUUGUUUCACAAAAAUGAUUAAAACAAACUUGUUGUAGUUGAGUGUUAAUCAAACAGUUUUUUCGUUGUUUUUGAGUUAGAGAAAAAAAUGCAUUCUGAUAAAAAUAAAAAUAAAUAAUCAGGAAUUGUAUAAACGCCUCUUGUAUUAUCCAUGUAAGUGCUCUAACACUGUAUU